AUGGGCAACAAGAACAACCGGGGUAGAAUCCCAGCUCCUCGCGCUGUGGAGCUCUAUGCAGAGAGAAAGUUGGCGGAGAAACAGCUGGCGGAAAGACAACAAGCAGAGAAGUUGGCACUUGAGAAGCAACAGGCCGAAGAACUCAUCAGAUCUUUUGACCCAUCUACUGUUCCUCAACACGAUUUGAUGACCAUUGAACACGUCAAGGACACCAAAAAGCUCAUCAUCGACCUUGAUUUCAUGAACCGAGGAUUCAUCGUGAAUAUGGCAUCGCUUCUUGAGACAUUGCCAGUCUACGCCCCCUUCAUCGUCGAUAUUACAAUCCGCUUGUAUGCUCCAGCAAAACAUACAACGCAGGCGCUAUACAAAGACCGAAAAGCGAGCAUGAAGAAGAUGGUAAAUAUCCUGAACAAAUUCAACGUCAACAAGAUGGAUAUUAUUAUCGGUCUCAACAGCGAUAAUUUUCUACAAAUGAGAUUGGCUGCUUUCGUCCACGGACUUAACUUUCAGAAGUGGACUAUGAGCUAUCACAUUUUUGAUCAAGAAGGCGAGACUGCAUUGGUCGCUACAAUGGGCAGAGGGAGCGUGUAUGGUCGUAGACUUCAUGGAGUCUAUAAGGCGGAGUUUCAAGCUCAGUAG